AUGAUUGACGAUCAAGACUUGGGAUUCUUUGCCAAUUUCCUUGGCAUAUUUAUAUUUAUUUUGGUAAUUGCUUAUCACUACGUCAUGGCUGACCCAAAAUAUGAAGGAAAUUAAUACUAAACUGUUGAUGCUUUAGUAACAAGGAGACUAGAACUUUCAUUGAGCAACAUGGAGACAUUUGUUGUUUAGUGUUACAAAUUUGAUGAUGGUUUUGUCAUGAGGAACUUUCUGCUUUCAUUCUGCCAAAAUGAAUUGAUACACUUUCUGCUUUUUUCUGCUUUAUAUGAAGUGAACAUAUUUUCUUUCUAGCA